CCCGCGAAAGUCUUAGCGACCCGUAGACCUAUUAGGUCUUCUGCAAAGAUCUCGCGGCCGUGGAACAUGAUACGAACGCCCCGUUGAUCACUGGGCGAAGGUGGGGCUGACGGUUCUUCGUCCUCGACAUCUUCUACCUCGUCCUCGUCCAUGUCUUCGUCCGGGAUCAAUGGAUUCCCUUCCUCUCUAACACGACGGAACGAGUGCAACUGGUUCUGGCUGGAGCCUCCGGCAUUGGUUACACUCUGUGGAGGCGGUUUGCUCUGUCCCGAGGCCUCUCCACUUCUCAUUAAAGACGUAGGAGGGGAGUUACUACUGCUGCGUUGCCGGUCUCGAAGCUGUAGCAGUACAGCGCUACCUGAGGACAACGAGGGAAGCUGGUUACUACUGGGCUUUGGGUUCUCGAUUUCCAUUGUCGUGUGGGUGGAGGAGGAAGACGAUGCGCUGCCCUGCGAGCCAGCGCUGGAUGGACGAGCGGGCUUGGAGCGGAUAUCUUCGUCCUGGGUGCCGGCGCUACUGGGAGAUCCACUAUUAUCCAUGUUUUGGUUCUGCGAGUUGUUGAGCCAGCCACUGUCGCUUUUGUGGCGCUGACUGGCACUGGUGUGGCAUGGACUGGAGGACGUCGAACCGGGAGCAGAGGCGACUCCAGCGCUAACGGGACGUGCCGGCAUAGCCCUUCAGCAAGGAGCAGGACUUUUGGAUUAUGCUGGAAAGCUUCCGUUUUUUUAGGUUAGGGAGAUUAGAGCGCUUAAAAGCUGCAGAACCAAAACGCAGGGGCGUUAUUUGAGGCGUCGUUUUUCAAUCGAACGUUUUUGGAUGUGGGUG